GCGUGUUUGCGCUGGCAUGGCACUUGGCCAGCAGCAGCGCGCACUAUGGGGAGACUGCUUGUCUUCCACCAUGCUGCUGGCACUCUGCCGGCGUGCUGCUUGGUGUGGGCGCAGCUGUGCUUGUUAAGCUUGCUCAGAAGUGCGUGUGCUGCGGUUGUGUGCUGCGCUGAGAGUUCAGACCUGUUAAGCAUUGCCUCAAGCAUCACUUUGCCCACUCUGUUGACCAUCCUUGCGGAAGGGGCAAUAGCGCUGCCAGAGACACUUAGCGGAGGUGCGCUGUUUGCUAGUUGAAAACUACUCCGAUUCCCGUCAAAUAUGAUCGUCAAGGCGAUUCUGCAAUUUUUACGCGGGCUUCCAACGGCCACAGUUUCCAACUGAGAACAAACUGCUGGCCUUCAUUGGUGCUGGCUUCUGAGCGUUGUGUUUUUUUACUUGUUGGUGUUAUUGCUCAGAGGUGCUUUUUGAUGUGCAUUUGAUGUCAGUUUGUUUUCUAGUCAAUGCAAGCUUAUUGAGCGGAGAUCCAGCAGCUCGCUCUCAUAGGGUCGAGCACCUCACUGCGCUCUGAGGCCUGUAACGCCUUAGGAGUUUCCGAUGGAGCCAACCGGCAAAGUGAAAAGAACAAUCAACAUCAAUUCUUUGCCAGGGCUAUGUGGAUGUGUUCUUCAAUGAGGGCAGGAAGGCUGGAAGAGGCAUCAGACAUGUCCCUCGAGCCAUCCUGAUGGAUACCAACAUGGGGGAUUUGGCGACCAUAGCUCAGGAUGCUCAAGUGGGCGAUUUGUACAGGCCGGAGAACAUCAUUGGGAAUGAUGAGUCUUCAGGCAAUUGCUAUGCGAAGGCCUUCCACACCGAAGGUCCAGAUUUAGCAGACAGAUGCUUGGAGAUGGUGCGCAAAGAGGUGGAAAAGUGCGACUGCCUUCAGGGAGUCCAGUUCACUCAUGCUGCCUGCGGCGGCACUGGAACAGGGCUCACGGGGCUUGUGCUGAAAACGCUUCGGGACUACUUGGACAAGCAAAGCAGAUGUGUGAUGCAAUCCUUCUGCCUUGCGCCCGCUCCUGGCAUUGCCGACGUCGUUCUCGAGCCAUACAAUGCGGCCCUUUGCUUCCAAGAUCUGCUGGAAUACACCGACCAGGUGUUUCUCUUCGACAACAAGGCGCUGAGCGAGAUUUGCCAAAAGGCUUUAGAGCAGGACAUGCCGAAGAUGAAACAGCUGAACCAGGUGGUCGCAAUGUGUAUGUCUGGCAUCACGUCUUGCUUACGGUACACGGGACCGCUAAAUGCCGACCUGCGAAAGCUGCAGGCAAAUCUGGUGCCAUUCAAGAACGCCCACUUCCUCAUCAAUGGCUUGGCGCCACUGACCGCGGCGGGAUCACAGAAGUAUAGGAAAAGCAAUGUCCUGGACCUUGCGCAGCAAAUGUUCUCCAAGGACAACGUGACCGUGAAGUGUGAUCCAUUGAACCCUGGCGAUGAGUUCCAUGGUAUCCUGAAGGCUCGAUUUCUGGCCUCCUGGGCAGCGUGGCGAGGGGACUACCAGACCAAGGAGGUUGACAAGGUCUUGUACGACAUCCAGAAAGAAGGCUCCAGGUAUGACAAGUUCUUCCCCGACUGGAUCCCCAAUUCUAUCGCCUCAAACAUUUGCAAUGCAAAAGACAAGAACAAGGAUAGAGAGAGCGUGGUGUUCACAUCGAACAAUACCGCUGUCCAUGAGGUGUUCGACCGGGGCAUCAAAGCAUGGGAUAGCGUGUACAAGUCUCGAGCCUACGUCCACGUCUACGAGCAGGAUGGCAUCUCAGUGCAGGACCUUAUGGAGAGCCGCAACAUCGUUCAGUACAUUUCUGAUGCGUAUUGUGAAUUUGCGAGAUGGGAAGACAAAUUCUUUGAGGAUGUUGGCGGCGGUCCUGGGUCCAAGCCUGUCAUCAGAGAUAAGGCAGUGGAGAACGAUGAGCAGUUGACCAUUGCUCAGGAGCUCAAGGAGCUGUGGAAGGGCGAGAUGUACAUCAAGCAGGUGGAUGCCUUGCGCACUCGCUGAUCGCUUGAGCUCCCCAACCUCACACCCUGAGCGGUUGGCACGCCAAAGUUGCCUUGCCGACAGCAGAUGGUGUACAGCUGCGCAGCGGCAAAAACAGUCAAGGCA